AUGGCCAAUAAACACAGCAGACAAUGGCUGCAACUUGCUAUUGACAUCCAGUACAGCCGACUGCAUAAAAUCGACCGUUUUGUUUUCCCGCUGAAUUAUCACCAAUAUCAAGAAAUCACCAGAUUUGAAAGCUCGCUCAAUGACAUUAAAGAUCGUAAGCUGCAACAACUGAUAUAUCGACAACAUCAUGGGACGGCGAUAACAACCACCGAGUCCAAACCCCAGGGAUUUAAGAACUUGUCAUCUGAAACCUUUGACUCAAAGCUUCAAAGCAUUCUCAACAAAGGACCUUCGUUUGUUAAUGCCGAGCCAUGGGAAUUACCAAAGCUUUGCCUAUUAUCGAAAGCCAGUCUACAACUCACUACAGAUCGACUUCAAGAACAAAACAUACCGGACAGUGCUAUUAAUGAAUUUAGAGGUGGAAUCGCCCGCAUUAUCAAAGAAU